AUGAGCGACCCCUUUGCCGAUUUACUCAGUUCCUUCAAAAAGGGGGACGCCGCUGUCAAGAAAGAUGCGACGGUAGCACCAUCAGGUUCGGUGCCGCAAGCUGGCAAGGCAGGAGACAAUGGAACGAACUCGUCGUGGCUUUCUCCUCGUGAGAGUAGCCCUGAAAUCCAUGAUGACUUUGGCAAGCUUUUUGGGUCGAACGUGAGCCCGAUUGCCGGGGCAAAACAACAGCAAGUAGCCGAAGAUGAGUUCGAUGCGGCUUUCAAGGCCUUCGAGCAGGACCAGAAGGUCCAGCAACCGUGGGAGGAUGAGCCUGAGCUCGUUGUCGAUGAAGUAAAGGACAUGGAGGUGGCAAAAUUGAUGUCGUUGGACCUUUCAAUCGGACAGGCAACGUCCUACUAUGAGCGGGGGAUCUUGUACGAGGAAUUGGUGAGGAAACGGAGGGAAGAGGAGGCCAUUAAAGCGCAAAGGACCCGUGUAACGUCACCAGUACGGCGGGAAGAGCCUGUUGGGUUCUUUGGCGUGGCUACCGGGCUGCUGGAAAAAGGCAGACAGCUAGUGGACCAAUUUACCACAUUCCCGCAGGAGCAAGAUAGACUCUCUGAUAGGCUACGCCAGUAUUCCGAGUACGUUGAGCCACAGGAAUGGUCUGCGGCAGCUUCAUCUGCGCAACCCGAAGUGGCAAGUGAGGAGCUUCCAGCGCAGUUUACACAGUCGCUCCUCUUGGAGGAAGAUACGCUGUUCUCGCCAGAGAAAUCACCAACUCCGCCACCUCCACCAGAGUCAACGUUACUCGAUUUCGACCAUGAGGAAACAGUCUCUCAUGGUAUCAGAGAUUCGGGGACCAAAAUAGCGAUAUCGCACUUAGAGUUAUCUGGUUACAACGAAUUUAAAGAUCGGGCAACAAGCUUCUUCAAAGGUGGUGACUAUGUAAGAGCAUGCGAGGAAUAUGAGAAGUGCCUGAACUCACUUCCGAAGGACCACACUCUCCGAAUAGUGGCAUAUUCUAACUUGGUGGCUUCUUUACUCAAGAUCGGGGAAUACAAGAGAUGCAUAUCAGAUACCGAAAUAGCCUUGAAUCUUUUCCCUGAGGAUCCCGAAAUGUGGAGCCAAUCUAUCCCCAAUGCUGAACCACGCAGGACAUUCAAGGAGAUGUGGUCAAAAAUAGUUGCAAGACGUGCAGAAGCUUUUGAGCAUACAGAAAAGUAUCAAGAGGCAUUGAAAUCGUACCAAUCGCUGAUUGAGAAAGGUUGUUCUAAUGACAAGAUUAUGGAAGGUAAGAGGAGAUGUCAAAAGGUGCUUAGCCCAUCGCAAGACAAACCAGUACAGUCUAAAGGAGGUUCUGUGCGCACUAAUGGGCCUCCUGCGAGCGUUCCCGCUUCCGCGCAGACGUAUGCCAGCGUUCAGCGAGUAAAAGAGGACAACAAGAAAGAAGAAGCUUUGGAAAAUCAGAAGGCCGCUUUAUAUGACAAGGUGUUUAAUCAAAUCGAGACGUGGAAAGGCAAUAAGGGAGACGAUAUACGUCAUCUGCUGGCCAACUUAUCUCAAGUCCUCACAUGGUGCGAUUGGAAACCAGUUUCACCCACAGAGCUCGUUUUGCCCAAGAAAGUGAAAAUUGGUUACAUGAAGGCUGUAGCUAAAACGCAUCCAGACAAAUUGCCUGCUUCUUUGGAGCUAGAAGCAAAAAUGCUUGCCGAAAACGUCUUCAGCACUUUAUCUACAGCAUGGGAAAAGUUUAAGUCAGAGAAUGAUAUAAAGUAA